GCAAUUCAAAAAUGGUACUUUUAAAUGGUUAGAACAAAAGUUGGAGGCCAAGUUUCCAGAAGCAGGCAUAAAGGUGAAGCCGCAUAUUGAGUCGAUCAUGAUGAGGCUAAAAUUGGAGUAUAGUAACAUAUAUGACAUAUUGAACACAAGUGGUUUUGGAUGGGAUGAUGUUAACAAGAAGAUUCUAGUUGAUAGUGAUGAUGUGGAAUGCUUACAUCCAAGCUAAGAAAGACACAACCUUGAAGAACUAUAGGACCAAGGUGUUUCCUCACUUUAAUCGAUUGAUGAUCAUCUUUGGAAAGGAUCGUGCUACUGGAAAAAAUGUUGAAGCUCCUGCUGAUGUACUUGAGGACUUGGACGAAGAAGAAGAAACUCAUGGAAACAAUGGUAUUGCGGUUCUUCUAGAGGGAGAAGCUAAUUUAUUUAGUGAUGAUGAUAUCCAAGAUGUCACUCAAUCAAUGUUUGUGAAUCAAAAUAAGAACAAGGCAAAAGAUACUAACUCUGAAGGUCGACGAGUAAGAAAGAGAUCAAGAGGAGAAGAUGCACUAGCUACUAUGAUGGGUGAAGGUGUGAAGGAGCUUGUAGAAGUUGUUGGAAAAUCUGCUGAUAGGAUGGGUGCUAUGGCUGAAAGUGUUAAGGUAAUGGCUGAAGGUGUGAAGGUUGUGAAAGACUUUUAUGAUGAUUAAAGGGGUAUUGCGGAUGAAUUGAUGAAAUUGGAAGACCUCACAUCAAGAGAACGCAAUAAG